AUGCAUCUUUUUACUAGAGAUGGCCUCCUCAAGGUGGCCGUCUUAUCGUUAACCUCCUCCAGCUAUGGGCGGCUUCUGACUAUCCCAUCGACUCCAUUUGAGGAGGCUUCUACAGGGGAGAAACUCCCUCUCAACAGUGUCCGUAAGGUCAUUGUUGGCAAGCGGUUUGCAUCUACUGUCAACAAAAACGGGCGCACGCUCAUCCCCCAACACUCGCCGAAUUCGCCAAAACUUUUGAGGGAGAUCUUCAACCCGCUCUUGGUAGCCAUGUUACUCUGGAAUAUGGCGACAAAACCUAAAAAGGGCUCGAUCUUUUUGACAAUUGAUUCUGAUACCAAGUUCAGUGAUGUUGCUGGACGUCCUUCUUCUGAAGAGUAUUCUCUCUCGGUAACAAAAGAGGGAAUUACUAUUGCUGGAGCAUCUCCUCUCGGGACUUGGUGGGGAACUCGCUCUGUCCUCCAAGCGGCCGCUGUUGGCGACAAUAAGAUCCCGUAUGGAACCGGUGUUGAUAGCCCAGGGUGGGGGACUCGGGGAGUGAUGCACAGUGAAGAAUUCGGCAACAACGUAUACCAUGGCUUCCGCCUGCCGUCUGACAACCCUGCGCUUGCCGACCUUAGCUCGCCCGCAAAUGAGUCCUACACGCGCGCGGUAUUUGACGAUAUUCAGGAAAAGUGUGCAGCGCGAGGUGUCACUGUCUUUCCUGAACUCGAGACGCCAGGUCACGCCCUCGCAAUCACUCAGUGGAAGCCCCAGCUAGCCCUUGAUCACGACAUCAGCAUGCUUAACCUGAGCCAUCCCGAGACACUCCCUGCUGUGCAAUCUAUCUGGGAGACAUUCCUUCCUUGGUUUUACUCUGACACGGUGCAUAUCGGAGCCGACGAAUAUGACUCGGGCUUUAUUGAUGUCUACAUCGAUUUUGUCAACAAUAUGUAUAAAUUCAUGUCUGCACAGUCGCCACCCCGCAAGAUGUUCAGUUGGGGUACCUUCCCACGAGAGCCCGGCCAAACUGAUAUUAAUAAAGAUGUUACAAUUCAGCACUGGACUGGCGGGAUGGACAACGCACUACCCGACUACCUUAACAAGGGGUUUAACAUGGUCAACUCAGAUGAUGCAUUCUAUAUAGUAGGAAAGUCUGCAGUAAACAGCUAUCCUAGGUCUCUCAAUCUGACUCGCGCCUUCGCUGGAAAUCCUGCUGGUGGAGCGUAUGCACCAAAUAUCUUCGAUUCAAGAGACGCAACAAAUAACCCUCCGCGGGACCACCCUGGAGUUCUAGGUCACAUUGCGGCCCAGUGGAACGAUUUGGGGCCCAACGCUACCACCGUCUCAGAGGCAUAUUACGCAUGGAGAGAUGCACUUCCCGGUCUUGCUGAUAAGCAGUGGGGCGGAGACCUCACUCUUGAAGAGUACGAGGGUGUUUUCGACAUGAUCCAUGCCGCCAUUCCAGCGCAGAACCUCGACCGUAACAUUCCUUCCCGAUCGGAUACGGUUGCCCACUACAAGUUUGAUUCUCAUCCCAAGAACCUUGGGAAAAUCAACGACUACUCAGGGAAUGUGUAUCAUGCUACCCUCUAUGGAUGUUCGAUCUCUAAUUCCGAGGUCAAAUUCGACGGGAACUGCUACAUUGAGACCCCACUCCAGAGCAAGGGCAGGAACUACACCCUCUCUUUCUCUAUUAAACCCACCAGCGACAAGUCUGGUGCUCUCGUCACUGGCAGAGACUCGAUUCUCACUACCGGGAAUGGCGAUUCGAAGCAGGUGAUUCUCAGUACCGGAGGAGAGGCGUAUUCAGUCGAUUACUCGUUCCCAGUCGGCUCAUGGACGGAGGUCAGCCUGAUUGGCGCUGGAACGCAGACGUUCCUGACCGUCAAGUCCGAGGGAGGAGAAGCCUCGACGACGGAGAUUCAGACUAUACUCGGAUUGCUUGCGAACGGACUAAAGCCGGCUGUUAUUGCCAUAGAGGCCCCAUUUGGCACGAUCGGACGCGGCUUUGAGGGGUAUAUGAAGGAUGUCGUUCUCAAGCAGACUGCUUCCAUAUACUCUGUUAAUAAUGAUAACGAGUGGAUGAAGACUUAGAUAAUAAACUAUUGCUGCUACAGUCGCUGGGGUUUUGAUUCGUUCAGAGCUGGUGUUGCAGAGCAUGGUUGCACAAUGCAACCGCUGAAUAAUAUUGUCCUACAGAGAUCUGUGUCACACAAAGUGAGGGGGGGAUAUGCUGGUGCCCUUCAACUCCAAAAAAUAUCUCUGACUUACUGAGAG